AUGAGCGCAGCAGCAGACCAGCAGCAGCAGGAGCAGCAGGAGCAGCAGCAACAGCAGCAAGAGCUGUCUGCCGGUCGUGUUGCUUCUGCAUCGACCCCCGAAGAAAUUGAAACCUUCGCAGCAAACGCAAUGAACAAAGAAGAUCCCUUUGAAAAGGAGGAUGAGGCGGCUAGCAAGAAGACGCAGCAGAAGGAUGCAGGCGGUUCUGCUGCUGUAGCAACGAAGGCAGAGCUGCAGGCAGCAGUGAAGGCCCUAGCAAUGGGGCCUGCAGCGUAUAGGGGGCUGCCGAAGGACGACCCCGCUGCCUAUUGCAAGGAGCUGCAGUCGCGUAUACUGGCGAAUAUAGAAAAUCUAUCGGGGGAGGUUUUCAGCUCGCUCCCGCCGCCUGAGAAGGAGCUGCAGUCGCGUAUACUGGCGAAUAUAGAAAACCUUUCGGGGGAGGUUUUCAGCUCGCUCCCGCCGCCAGAGAAGCUGUCUGAGCUGAAGAAGGCGGCGGAGGCAAAGAAAGAGCUGUCGUCGUUGGAUGCCUCAAAUAUCAUCGAGGCAAUAAAGCGGGACAUUCAGCGGGACUUGGAGCGUGAGGCUGCUCAGGCUGCGUCUCAGCCAGCUGCGAAAAAAGCAAAGACAGACGAAGAAAAAGAUUCUGCUGCUGCUGCUGCUGCUAGCAGCAGCAGCAGCAGCAGCAGCAGCAGCAGCGGUGGAGCAGAGAAAAAAGAGAAAAAAAAAAGUGAAAAAGUAGAAGAAGAAGAAGAAGAAGAUGAUGAAGAUGAAGAAGAAGAAGAAGAAGAAGAUAGCAGCAGCAGCGACUCAGAUGACAGCAGCAGCAGCGACAGCAGCGACAGCGGCUCUGACGACGACGAUGAGGAGGAGGAAGAAUAG